AUGCGAGCUCCGCAGCAAACAAGCACUUUGGACCCACUAACAAAAACCCAUCCCACCGAAACCGGCACCAAACUGACCCUGCGAACUGCCGUCAAUGAUAUGGGCUGCAAAACUAAAAAGCCCAAACGCGAAAACAAGCGGCAACACCACAGCAUCGGUGACAUGUGGAAGCAAGAACUUAGUGCCCAAACAUGGCCGCCUACACCGACUAUGGCUCAGAAGUCUCUGACGACUUCACCACAGAGGUGGAGAUGGAGCCCCCACAUUCGGAAAUACCACUCCUCACCAGUGACCGUCACGGUCAUGAAAGACCUCCUAGCAGAGCUCAGCUUAACAAUACAGGCCAACAUGGCCCAACUGCGCAAGGACCUACAGGGCCUAACGGGCCGCCUGGGCACCCCAGAGGCAGAUUCCCAGCACCAAGCAACAAACGCAACUCCUAUGGCAAACGGUCCAAGAGCUUAA